CCUUUAGAGCGGAAAGAUUCAAGGAAACGGUACGUGAAUAAGAUUGGCCAGCGCACAGGAAAACCUCUUUGUUGUUUCUGUUGUCUUAUAAGAAGAUAAAAUAAUACAGACGGAUUUCACGAGGAUGUCCUUUCAUCGUCUCUGAAACUAACAGCUCAGUCGCGGAUGAAACGCGGAUUUUGCGUAUUUCCCUUUCCUUAAAACUUCCGACGUUUAUGUUAGUACAUCAUCUAAUUUUUUUUCUUGUUUUUUUUUUUGCGUUCUUGCUACAUUAGUUUUAAAAGAGAAAACAAUUUGUUUUCGAAAUAAAAGCUAGCGAAGCUUUGCGCCCGUGUUUAUGUGGUGUAACAGCUUCGCUCGUCACAAGAUCCGGUGAAUUGAACUGAGUCAACAUCUUUCAUAGUCUUAAAAUAUUGAUCAGUGGAAAUCUUUCGGCGGCGUCUCCUGAAGCCUGCGACGUUGACGAGUACAGUAAGUAUACAGUACAUAGAAAGGCUGUUUCACUUCUUCCUUCAGUCUGUUGAAUGUAGCUGACGAAUAUAACCCGCCAGCCGAUAACACAAUACUGAGGAGCACUUUGUUUCAGUUCGUCCCUUUUAAUACACAACAGGUAAUGCGAAUAUAACCAGCACUGGCGCCUCGUGAACAGGCUACGGAUUGGUUGAACCAGCCGAAAACUGACAACCACUCUGCAGAUGUUGAGGAACCUUACAAUAGUCUUUUGUUUAUGGUGCCAAACUCGAGUACAUUUGAAAUGCAAAACUCUGGCGGCAGCCUAUGAGGUCGAAGGAAGAUAAUACGUGUGUUUGAUGCCCUUCCGCGGUGGUGAGUUUGAUUGACAGCCGUGGCUACCGCCCUUCAGGGAUGUCGGUGGCAGCAGCAGUGUAAUCAUUUUCGUCAGCUUCAAGUAUUCAAGCGAAGGUGGCCAAACGUAGACAGCCAACUGCUUCUGCUUAAGCUCUUUAUAUCGGGUAAGUAGAAGUUUCCUAAUGAAUUUUUCGCUUGGAAGCAGCCUGGAUUCGGCGAACUGGCGAAAAGAAUGCUUUACAACCGAUGUUUGCGUCUCUGUUUGUCGGCGGCGUGCGUCUCGUAUGUACGGCUAUUCCUAGUAGGGGAUACGAUGUCUUGUGCUUUUGCGUCGGUUUCCGCUCUCUCUCAUUCUUAAAGGCUGAAGUUAAAGAUGUACGUCAGUACGCAGAAUGACCGAACAGAGCCGACUUCGAAAAGUUAAGCAGUCGCUGUCUUAAAGACCAAGGCAAGUCCAUUCAGACGCGGACGGCUGCUUCCGUGAGAAAUUGCUGUACGCAAUCUGCAGUAAAGAAAUCCUUUUCGCUCUGUUUCGUUGAGUGCGUUUUGGAGGACUGUGACAUUAACGUAUACACUUCAGUCGGAAUCUGUGAUGCUAAUGAACGACAAUCGGCGCGUUUGACAGUUUCAAUUCGCAGGAGAGAAAUCUGCGCGGUAUUCAUGUAGGGGAAGGUCGCUUACAUCAAAGGGAUGAAAAUCUGUGGCAUGUCGACUUCGCCGCGUUUGGCCUACGUCAGAGAGAAUAAUAGUAUCAUUUACGUAUUUAUCGGUUUAAAGAGCCAUAUAUGUCAUAAAAAUACCAAUUCCAAUUUAAUUCUCGAUGAACGGAAAAUCUCAGCGAUUUCGUCAAAGGCAACGAAGGCGAAGGUUGUCGAUAUGGUUAUCUGUUCCUCACGUCUGUGGCAACCUUCCUCCGGUCUUCCCAGCCCACGAAAACACAGUUCCUGAAACGCUAACGCAGUGGAAAUGUUCGAUAGCCAUUUUAUUACCGGCAAGAAAAAAAAAAAACGGAUGUUGUUUUCAAAAUCAUGCCAAGCUAAAGGGGCUUUAAUCCACGGGGAUAGUCAAGCGCGAUGUUGUUUAUUUUUGGCAGCUGACGUCAAGCUGUGUUUUUCUUUGUUUAUUGUUUGUUUGGCGUCGGUUAAUACUUUCCUAUCUUAUACGGAACUGUUUACUUUUUCUAACCUGGUUAUGCCAAUGCGAACUAUCCUUUUUCCUAGACAUCAGAAAAACAAUCAAAUCUGUUUAUUUCCGUGGCGUGAACGUCGGUAUGUUUCCAUUGAAAUUUUGAACAGAGAGCAGACGUGGCGAAUAUUAUUGCUUUGUCGUCGCGUCAUCUGAUCGAAGAUAGCAGACUUAUUUGACCAUUUGAACUGCUGUUUUAUGCCAAAGUGGUUAUUACUAUAACUGUAAUUAUUUUGAUUCAUAAGAGGUCAUGAGAGCACUCUAAAGGUCAAAGGAGACUGUUUUUUAAAAUUAAUUUAUGUCGAAUUUCUGACCCUUGCUAUUGAGUGAAUUAGCACACAAUAUCGUCCCCUUCUCCUUUUAGAUUUUUUUUUUACAAAAUUCUUAUCUAACCCUUGAAUCCCUUAGAGUGACUAAAAUCUAAUUUCUCCUCACAAUAUCACCCUGAAUUAAACGCAAAUGUCAGGAGAUUAGAGGAAAUGGUCCCAAACUAAAGCAGCUAUUGAUUGUUAAACAAAUUCUCCCUGUCAGUACCUUAAGAUAUGUAUAGACAAAAGUGUAGAGAAUAUGGACACCGGUGUUAGGUUGUAGAGGGUUAAUGAAAUUGCAUUUGAUUCAGAUAUUAUGAUUGCAUUAGAAAUUAUAAUUAUAGAAACUGUGAUGGUUGAAUCAGGCUUUAAAAAAUCCUUUUUAAAAUAAAUUGAAUCUUUGUGUCAGCAGUAAGGACAUUUGAUAAAUGACUAAAUUUUUACGUGUGAUUGCAUGUGAGAAUCACAUUUCCACAAGCAACUGAAUUUUACUUCUGAAGCAUGGCUAUUCCUGAUCGCUCUAUUUUUGACUGGAAGUGACACUUCUGUGGAAUAUGUCCCAAACCAAAGUCAUUCAUUUACAUUCAUGAAUUAACUUACUUCAGUUGUCUUUAUAUUUUCAAAUUCCAAUUCGACCUGGAAACAGUAAACAAGAAGAACCACCUAAUGGAAUGUCUAUUACUAAAUUCCCAUUAAUUUAUUUAUUUUCUUAUUUCGAAUUUUUUACUCAGAUUUUGGCUCUUGCAAUUUAAGGAGUUUUCAAGAAGUGCUGCAGUUUUUUGUUGAUAAUAAUGGCCUCCAUGGCAACUGCAUACCCAGAAUUUCCCAAACUAAACCAAGAACCCAUGUUAAGGAAAUGUACUCCUUUUUGUGACAAGAACAAGGAAUGCCCAGAUCAUCAUGAACUGUUGGUGGCCAUUGUGAAUUGUACAGAUAUGCUGGGUUCCUUGUCAAAUCUUGAUAAUUUAAAAGAGUGUGUGGAGAAAUAUACCAAAGGUGGAUGGGGCAAAGAUGAUGAUGUACCAGAUGCUGUCUUGGAGAACAGGUGUCCACUCAUCCACUGGGCAGCAUCCUUGGGAAAGUGUAAUGCUUUAGAGUGGAUGCUUGCGAGUGGAUUCUCCCCUGUGGCAAAAUCCUCAGGAAAUGGUGAAACUGCCCUGCAUAGAGCCAUCCAGUUGCUGUACAAAUCUAGACCUAAAUUUACUGUGAAAGAAUUGAACCCUAAAUUUUCUAAAAUGGUUGGCCUUCUUAAAGAAGCUCUGCUGAUAAAAGAUGAGGCACAUGGAGACACACCUUUUCAUACUGCAGCAAGCAUGCUUGUUAAUGGAGAUCACAAGCCCAACUUCUUUCUGUCUUGCGUGGAGGUGAUAAUAAAUAAAAGCAAGAAAAUGGGUGAUUACUCAGAUACUAUUUUGAAUGCUGUCAACAAUGAUGGAGAGACUGUUCUUCAUAUCUUAGCUCGUGGUGAAAAACACAAAGUUGAGUAUUGUACCCAGGCCAUCAGAUCACUCAUUGUGGCUGGUGCAGACAGAAGUAUCAGAAACAAUGAUGGUCAGACGGCUUUAGACAUUGCGCUCGCUGGUGGAACAGAACCUCUCGUGGAGGAACUAAUCAGGGUAUGUCCCCUGUAUACUAUUAUCACUGGUAGGGGUGGGGAGAGGCAGCACUUCUGAUCACACUAGUAUAUAGGAAUGUGUCACUGUCAUGGGUGGGAUGUCAAAUAUGCUGUCCUGGAAAAAGGAAUAGAAAAUUGAGAGUUUUAGUUCAUGGUUGGCUUUAUGAAAAAUUCACAGGCGAUUAAAUCAGAUUACGAAUUUAAAGUGAUAACCUGAGUGUUCAAUUCUUUUACAAUGAUUGGAAUGGAAAUUUUUUUUUCCAUGGAUGGCUUUCACGAAGGGCUUUCAUUAGGAAAUACAGAUAGUUCAGAUUAACUUCCCUUUGUAACAGACCAUACUGAUUAUUGAAUCUUUGCCCGAGUGAAAGGAAUUGGUCCCAAAAAGCACAAAGUUAAGGUUUACUGGUAAAGUGAUCAGGAAAAAUGAUUCAAGACAAAUCUCAGGAUUUUGGAAUGUUAAGUUAACAAAAUCUUUUUACACAAAGAAGAGAGGGAGGAAAAAGGGCCAGUUGUAGUAAGACUUCAAUAAUGUAAUACUUCUUUUUUUGUGAAAAGUGUAGGUGAAAGUGUCAAUAUAUUGUCUCCUACCUUUUUUUGGGCUCACAUCCCAACUUACUCUGCAUGGGUUAUGAUAAGUAUAUUUUUUCAUACUAUCAGGUGGUUGAAACAGAUGAAUCGGUACUUGACAACUUAUCCACAGCGGAAAGCACAGGAGAGCUAGCUACUUAUUCUGGUCUUCCAACACCAUCACCUCCAACCAGUCUUGAUGGACAUUCCCCUGCAAGUGCUUCAAUCAUCGACAAUGAUGAUGACGAUUCUCUCAGCUACCCUCGCAUUACUCAUGUCCAGUCAGUGAAUAUAAAGGUAGAGCCCCUCGAUGACAAUGAAGAUGCUGAACAGGUUUGCAUCAGAUUAGUUUCUAUCAGCUUGCAAAAGCCUUUUCAGUGGGUGAAUCUCAGUAUUGUUUUGUCAAUUAAUAAAUUGCUUUUGUGAUCAAUGCAUGGAUUACAAAACUUAAUUCUGGUCUAAUCUGCAUCUGUUUAAUAGGUGUUUCCCUUUUUUGCAGCAAAUACAACAGUUACAGGAAGAGCAAGCUUCAUCCAGUGCAUCAUGUUCUGGUGAGUUUAAGUGACUUUUAGCAGGGUUUAAGUCCAACUAACCUUGUGUAACAACAUUCUGUGUGGCCUGUUGAGAUCAGUUUCGGCCCCAACUUGUGUAUAAUUAUAUUAGUUUAGUGAGUAAGCAGACUUCAUGAAAUAACAUUUUUCUAAAAAUUUAUGAGACAUUGUUUGUUUGAAUUUUAGACUUUUAUAAUCUCAGUUUAGUGGUAUUUUCAGACUGAGUUUUCUUAAACUACAACUCAUGGAAUUCUCUGUACAAGCAAAAAGGGCUUGAUGUUCUUAGUCACAUCCAUUUGAAUUUCAUUCACUCAAGUUAGAUUCAUCAUAGCAUUACCUCUUUUUUUUGCAUUCAAUGGAGGCCCUUUUUACUGACUGGUUAGAGGGCUCUUGUAGAAUCAGCCCAUGUGGAACUAUAUCUAAUGAAGUGACUUUCUCUUGAGUGGUUUUCUGACCAACAGCAACUGUACUGAAAACUCAAUGUUAAAAAUCCACUGGUUUUGAAAAUCUGUGGACAAUUUAUCUUAAAAGGCUUUGAAAAGAAAUCCAUUCUUGUUGCACAGUACACUGUCAUUAAAAAAGACAUAUGAUAAUUUUAAUUUCAACAGAUUCCUUAAAAACCUUUAGAAAGUGUAUCUGACUUUUUUUCUUUUUUGGUUCCCAGAAUUUUUGGGCAACUCACCACUGCUGAAGCACCUUGGAGAAGCUGGCUUGCUGCAUGAUGUUUCUGCUUUACUGGCUAGGGCUCGCAGUAGGGAUGAAGGAAACCUGCGAAAAAUACAAUCUCAAGCCAAAGGUAGGUUUGCUGGCCUUUCAAAUGUUCCAAACUGUAACUUUAGGGCAAUGUUGUUCCCAUAGGUCACUAUACAGAGUAUAUUUAGCAAUUUUGGUGACAAGCCAUGACUAUGUACCAGGUGGGUAACUAUACUUUAGCUGAGUAAUUGGAGCCACUAAUGUAGCAGAAGGAUAAUUGUUCAGGCAAAAUCAGGCUUUCAGAAUAACAAAACACUUAAGUUUCUUCAAACAUGUUUUUCCUCCCUUUUGCUUGCUUUGGUCAUUGUGGGUUGAUAAGGAGUUACAACUUGCACAUGUAGUAUUAAGGUCAUUCUGUACACAAUACCACAUGUACUGUUAGGAGUAGCGAGGGGCAAGUUACCAAAAUUGUUUUUACCAGAGAUAUGUUGCACUCAUGACACAAAGUGUUUCUGCAGUUUUGUUUGAGAUCAAAUCUUUGUUGUCCUUGUAAUUAACACUCAAAUUUAUUUUACUUGAAAGAAAUUGAUGCACAGGUCAACACCAAACUGAAAGAGAUUGAAAGGAUGAAACUGGAGGUUUCUUCCCUCAAACUGAAAAGGAAACGGUGUGACGCUGAAGUUGAAAGACUUCACAAGAGACUUAUGUCAUGUGAUAGUGCACUUAAGGAGAUCCCUGGUGCUCCCACAGGCAUGUAAUUAUCAUGUAGGAUAUUGUGUUUCUGCCACAUCAUGUUGAAAGCAUGUCAUAGCCUUAUAAUUAACUGUAAUAUAUAGUUGGCAUUUAAAGACUACACAUGUCUGCAAUAUUUUGUGUAAAUACAAGAAUAAUUUUAUAAGGACUUGAGAGAGAGAAUUCCUUUACAUAAGGAUACUUAUUGUUGGGUUUUUUUAAAAGUACUGAUGCAAGUACACCACUGAAUGCAGUGCAAUUAUUUUAAGUUAUAAAUUAAUUUAUUUGAAAGAGCUUCUUUAAAUUCCCACUAGAAUGUGUAAAGGAGUAGAAUAUCCACCACAUCUUACAAGGUUGUUAAUAAAAAUAUUGAGUUAUAAACUGGACCCUGAAACAAAGUAGGCAGCACUAAACAGUUUUAUUUCCAUCAAUGUCAUGCUACUGUACUGAAAUUGAGCUACAAACAUUCACAAAAAUGGGCACAUUUCUCAAAACAGAUGGUGAAAUGCGCCAGUUGUCCAUUUAGUUUGACAGUCCUGUCACUUAUAACACGGGAACUUAUUAUAAACUAAGAGAAUUAUCUUCCAUCAACAAGAAAUACUUUUGCAAACUGCAUUGUUUGCAUGUGCAUACCCAGAAAUUAAAAGAAACUUAUAUUAAUUCAGAGAGAUGAUUUUAUACAAAUGUUCUCAUCAUAUGUUGUUGUUAUGUUGUUGUUGUUGUUGUUGUUGUUGUUGGGUGUUUUUUUUUAACAGGGAUUAUUACAAUGCAUUCACAGAUCACUUAACAAUUAUUUUUACUACUUCCAUAAAACUCAGAAUUAUUAAACUUGUAAUCACAAUUCAUUUUUUGAAGAGUGUCCUUGUUAAAAAACAUGAUCUUAGUUUGUGUUGCCAUUUUCCCUGUUUUCUUCUGUUGUUUUUUUUGUGUUGUUGUUGUUUUGCUCUCUUUUGCCAGUGUGCUGGUUCCAAGGAAAAAUAAAACUGUGAAUAGUCUGAGCUAGG